AUGGAGACGCAAAGAGGCGAUAACGGCACCGACAAUGCGGCUCGCCCAGCCAUCACUUUGCCAACGUCGGUUGCGCCCGAGACGCUGAGUUCUUCCCAGCUGCACGCGCUCUUCGACAUCCUGACGCACCGUGAGACCUAUGCGGAGGUAGAGAGCUUCAAGGAUUCCCGAACGAUUUCGGAGUACGGAUAUCCCUUUGCCCGACAUGACCCGCAAUCCGACGGUGUGCCAUCAUAUGCUUCAGACUCGGCGGCUCCGCUGUUGGCCGGUGUACUACGAAGCAUCGUGCUGCCGUGCCCGGGCGUCCGCGACCUACCCACCGAGUUCUGGCAUGUGAGAUUUCAGGGCAUCUUGGAGAAGCUUGCAGAGGCCGAGCUGUCGGAGUCCUACGACAAGGCGGCUCUGGGUAUUAGGAAGACCCUGGCCACUGCCGCGUCGGCGAUUCACGAGGCCGUCUCGAGAGGGCUCCUCGGAGGGGCUGAGCGUCGCAGGGGCGGGAACCUCCACCGAGAGUAUGACAGGUCUAAUGCCCAAGACCUGGUCCAGGCGUGGGAAGAUGCCCUGGAGGAACUCGUGUAUGGAGAUCUCGUUGACGAGCUCUUCUCUUGCGCGGCCGAAAAGCCGAGCCUUGAAGAGCACUCCCCCGGGGUGCAAGCUGCCGCAGACUACGUCAUUAUCCAGUACGAAUGUGACCGAGAGGUCAAGGGUAGACAGCUAACAACGUCUGCUAGAAUCAUCUGGCUCGUGCUCUCGUGGGAUGCUUCUGAGUUCCGCAAGGUCUCCGAAGCGAUAGAAAGGUCAAAAGGAGGUCCCGUUGCCUCAAAAGAGCAACUGGCAACGAUCCGAAGCUAUGUCAGCAGCCCAAGAGAAGAACAUGACGAGGCUCGCAGAAUCAGUGCGCAGGAAGCUCGACCCAUGGUGGCCGUGAUCCUGGAGCGGUCCAGUCCGGGCCUGUCAGCCUCAGUCUCAGAAGCGCAACUUGUGGAGUGUUCCCAGUAUCUGUCGGCGUUGCUGUCAGCCCGAGAUCGUGAUGAGAUCAGCAAUACGCUCUGUCGCCAGAACCCGGAUCUCUUCACACAAGCAAUCAAGGACGCCGUGGCGGCCUUCGAACCCAUGGUCCGUGCCAUCCACCAGCGAGUCGAUCUCCGCGAACAGAUUUCAGCGGCGGAAGGCUUUGUCAACGACUUCCUAAGCAUACACAAGCCUAAAAAGUCCACCUCAGGACUUCAGGGCUUCUCGUUAAACGGCGACCUACAAGACCAGCAAGCCCCGUCGGUGGAGGAUUACGUUCUGCUCCUGAGGAAUAACCGGCAGCUCCUCUACAACUGGCUUCAUCAGCUAGCGAGCCAGUGCCCAGAGCUGCGAGAUGACUUCUGUGCCUGGGCAAAGAAGACGAUCAAGGAAUUUCGGCAGGCACAGUACCCGCCUCCGAAGCCGGCUGAUGCCAUUACCCCCAACAAUCAAAAACCGGAGUUGCCCCCAGACACGAAACAGCGCCCAGGCGCCGCCGGCGCCCUAAGCGCCGACCUCCAAGACCUCUUCGCCUCCCUGGCCCCCGAAACCCGCGCCGGCAUCCUCCCAGCCAUCGACGCGCACGCAGCAUACCUCUCCGCGCUCGAAGACCUCUCCCUCGCUCGCAUGCAGCGCAUCCUCGACAACCUCGCCACAAGCACAACCACAAACGGCGCUACAACCCCUUCUCCCACCACCACCACCGCCGCCACCCCCAGCGCCGCCGCAGCCCCAGCCCAGGCCAGCCAGACAGCCCAGACAGCCCCACCAUCGUUCUUCUCCCCGGCCUACUGGUCCGGCCGUUCGACCCCGCGCUCACCCACGCCGAACCCCGACGCAGUGCCCCCCGCCCGUAUUCACAAUAAAGCAGGCGGGCGGUCCGUCUCCGGCCCGGGCAUGUAUCUCUCGCGCUGGCAGCACCUGCUCGACAGCACGGCCAUCACGCCGGCGUACCCGGGUGGGGCCGUGCGGAGGGGGAGGGAUGUCAAGGGCCAGGUGGCGCGGGGGAAGGUUGCUGCUGCUGCUGGCGUCGCUGGUGCUGGGACGGCGGCCGGGCAGGGAGGAUGGGAUGCUGCUCUGUUGGCGAGGAUGGGGCAGCAGGAGGAGGAGGAGGCUGGCGCGGCGCCGCCUGAUGUGGGGUGCGUGGUGGAAGCGUUGGGAGAGCGGUUCCGGGGCUUGGUUAAGGGGUUGGUCAAUGCGAGAUGGGGGAGGGUCCCUAGCUGA